UAACUAACUGAGGGCGGCCAUCCGCAGUGCUUCACUUGUCAGCUCUACCGCUGUCCUCGGGAACCUCUUCUUUCGCGUCGACGAUGAGCUCGUAAACCGCAAGGACGCAGUCUUCAGGAAAGGCCGAAUCGGCGCAAUUGUAGCGUUCAGCAGAGACGAAGUUUGGGGAACAAACGCCGCUCAAUCACUCGCAGCUCUGUUGAUGUGGCCGGCGCUGGACAUCUCGGCAAUGUGCCGCUCGCCCACUACUCUUUCACUCGAUCACGUGGCUCCUUGCCACCGCCAGCGCACUGGUUAGCCGACAACACUGCAGGAGCCGAGACUGGCCCUUAGUGGUACUGCACGCAACUUGGCAAACAAGGACUACAUGAUGGCAUUGCCUCUUGUCUUCAAGCAAGAGUUUGUGGACGUGACGAAGCUUCCCUAUCCAAUCCCUACAUCACCAACGCCCAUUAACAGAACGCACAACGAUGUCAUCCAGCUCAUCAGGCAGGAGAGGAUGAAAGAGGCCAAGAGUGUGGUGCGGUCGCAGCACUGGUCCAUCGACCAUCCAAGCCGAGGCGAGCUAUGGCUGAGGCUGUGCCAGCACCACUCGAAGGGCCAGCUAGCAGAGGGCUACUACCAGCGCACAGUGAAGGAGUCCUUGGGGAGACUGUGGCCCAUGAACCUGCCCGCAUUUGCCGACCCAAUCUUCUGCGAGGACUACUUGCUGUCUCCCGAGGGCCAGAAGCACGCCGAGCGGGUCCUGUACAUCGUGUCCAUCAGCCACCCGUACAUCACUUACUGCCCACUCCUUUACCCCGUCACGUCACUGCUCCUCCACUAUUUGUCUGACGAACAGGCUUACGAGUGUGUGUGUUCUCUUAUCGAGAGCACGACGGUGCGGCAUCUGAGCCAGACUCGACUGAUGCACGACACCUCAGCAUACACACUCAUGCAACUGACAAGGCGACUGGCAAAAAAGACCUAUUCAAGGCUGCUCCGCAAAGUUCGACACGAAGAAGACCUGGAGAAGAUCUUCCACACAUGGGAGCUUUGGAUAUUUCGUGGGCUGCCCUUCUACCACCUGGUGCGCUCCAUGGACUGCUUUUUGCUGGAGGGCGUGCGUGCUCUUUAUCGCAUCGCAAUGACCAUCCUCAUCCUCUUCACCCAGGAUUUGUCUCGAAAAAAGAAGAAGAAAGUGGAAGACCCAUCUGGAGACUCCACAUCAGACACGGGCAACUUCCUGGACAGGAUCAUAGUGUUCUGCAAGCACAUACCCUACAACGUUGACCGGUUCCUCAAAACUGCCUAUAACAUUCAGGGCUUCAGUGCCAAGCUUCUGAAUCAGCAGCUGCUCAAAUCAGAGAUGUACAUCCGAAGCUGCUCGAGUGGACGGUUGCGGGCAGCAUCUGAGAGUGGCCCCCCAGGCUCCUGCUACCACCUGGACGUGACGUCUGCCUACCUGUCCAUUAAGGAGAGCAAGAACAGAGCCAUGCGUGCCAUGUCGGUCGGCAUCAUGCCAAUGGCCAAUUUCCGAUCUGAGGUGCUUAGCUCUGAGCAGAUGGCCCUCGUGUGGAGCUGGCUGCCCACACGCAUCACCAUGCUGCAGCCAGAGGUGAUCUACUCGACCAACGAGCAUGGCAGCAGCUUGACAAACUUCUUCUUCCACACCGACACAUGGGAGCCCACGCUGUUGGCAGUGCUGACCACGCGUGACGAGCGCUUUGGUGCCUACUGCUCAACUCGGUGGCAGGAGCGCACCAAGACGUACUUUGGCACCGGCGAGACCUUUCUCUUCACGUUCGUACCUGAGCCACGGCGGUUCGCCUGGGUCGGCGUUGGCUCCAGUCAGGACGUGCCCCAUUCGUCCCAUCUGUUCAUUUCGGCCAACCAGCACAUGAUCCAGGUUGGAGGAGGGAAUGGAUUGGGGCUGUACAUAGACGAAUCCUUGGAGAAUGGUCGCACCGAGCGUUGCGAUACUUUCAACAACAGCCCACUGGCCAGCAGUAAUGACUUCGUUGUGCGCAUUUUGGAGGUCAUUGGCUUUGCCUGAUUUUCCCUUUGGACCUUCAAUUUUUAGCAUCCCUAGUUGAUGACCCGUGGCAUUUUAUCACUUUUGUUGCCAUUGUAGUAUUUCUUUUAAUGAUUGUUUUUUUGCUGUAUGAUCUGAUCAUGCGUGGCCACAAUGUGCUAUUUUAGCAUCAAAACGUUAGUUGCUCAAGAGGUCUCAUUGAUAUUGAGGCAUCUCUCGUUAACGUCUUUAGUCCACCUUGAGUCAAUGGCAGGCUCUUGGAUGCUGCCUGUGAUCGCCUGUUUGAGUCGUAUUCUCAUGUGUUCCUAUUUAUGCUACGUAGUGUGCAUUUUGCUCAGAUAUAUUGUCAGUGCAUUCUCAUUUUGCCUAGGUGUAUGUAAUAAAAAGGUGCACAUUCCAAGAAUGGGUUCUGACUACACAAUCUAUCAUGCGUUUAAGCAGUAAAAUGCUUGUGUAGUCCCCAUAGUCUAAUCCUGUGCAUGUUUAAUAUACGGUGUUUGUGCGCAACACAAAUCCUGAGUCUACAAACCUGUUAUAUAUGUUCUACCUGCUUACAACAAUAGACUGUGCCUUAUUCGAAAUAAGGAGACACAAAAUCUGUAGUUCGGUGUAUAGUAUACUGUGCCAUGUUUUAUGGUAUACUGUGCCAUGCUUGACGUCUACUACAUUGUGUUUGACGUGAUGCUGGAUAUCGAAAAAUGUGUACAAUAAAUUGUUUGCUUAACAAUGAGCUCACUCGUACAUUGCCUGCGUAUUGUCAUGUAGUAGUAACAUUGAUGAAGGCAGUGGUCGGUAUGUCCAAGAUGAGACUGUUUAUUUGGCCGCACUUGUGGCCAAAUCUGAUAACGCAAAUCUGAUAACGGAAAAUCUGAUAACAGCACACUGACACUGAUAAGGGCGAACAGAGGGUCGGCCGUUGAUCAGCUGACAAGUGGAGAAGUGCAUCAUCAUUUAGACAUGUGGCGUCAAAUAUUCCAGCGUUAUUGCUAACAGCCAUGUACGCUUUAUAAGAAACUGUACUGUUUGCGGUGUGCGCGUAAUCACAUCGGAAGGUUCUGAGAUUAUGUUGAUAAUUCUUGGUCAUUUAAUGCGGUUUGUGCAAGGCAGCACUUACAGUGUAAAGGGCCAAGACAAAACUCGAGGAAGGAAUGUGGCAAUAUGUUACCAACCAUGCAACAAAGCCUCAUUGUUGCAUCAUUCUGUCUUCUAAGGUAAGCACUUAUUGCCUGUCAUUAUAUGAGGACAUACAGCUGGAUAUUGUGGACAAACGAUUCAUUUUGACUAAUCUUUCAAGGAAAUUUCUCUAGUGCAUGUUAACAUAGUGAUGAAACAGCACAAAUGAUGGGACGAAUGGUAUACACCCUUUAGCAAAGAAGUUCGUUGCUCUUUAUCAAAGAAAUUAGAUACCUUGAGCUUCGAAUGUAAUCACCAAGCUUGUUGUCACAAGCUUUUUUGCAUCCUUCUUGUUUUAUUGUCUGCCAUGACACUUUUCUAGUCUUGUUGUCACAUGCUUGCAAACCUUUUUUUAGUUAGACCCUGGUUUUUAUUGAUUUAUGAAUGUCUAGUUUUAGAGAUUUUAAUCAGUUUCAUAUCAACUGUAGUGUGGUUGUUUUCUCGCCAUUUUUUGCUCAUGUUCACGAAGUCUACAUUUUCUGCAUUCUGUAAACCGUUGUCGAAAUUUAUAGAAAUGCCCGUUGAAUCGCUCAAUAGCAUUUAUGCUGUUUUAUCGAUAUUUGUUUGCCUUGCUAUAUAUCUUCUCCACCUUUCCAUUAAAGAAAUCAGUCGAUAG